AUGGUCAGCUCUCUCGAGGUCGCAGGACCUGAAUCCAAGCCCUUGGAGCAGAAGUUUGAGUCCAACAUCGUCAUAGACGGUGAACAAAGCGAGGAAGAAAACGAUAGUCCAAUAGAAGAAGUGCGGUUAACCGUACCGAUAACCGACGAUCCAUCUCAACCGGUCUUGACAUUCCGUACAUGGUUCCUAGGAAUAAUCUCGUGCAUGGUACUCGCGUUCGUUAACCAGUUUUUUGGUUACCGGUCGAACCAGCUCAUGGUAUCUUCAGUCGUGGCUCAGAUCGUUACUCUCCCAGUAGGAAAGCUCAUGGCCACGACUCUACCGACGAGGAAGUUCCGGUUACCCGGUACAAACUGGUCCGGUUCGUUGAAUCCUGGACCAUUCAACAUGAAGGAACAUGUGUUGAUCACUAUCUUCGCUAGUACCGGAGCUGGAGGAGCUUAUGCGACUAGCAUCAUUACCAUCGUUAAAGCAUUUUAUCAUCGGAAUCUUAAUCCCACUGCCGCCAUGUUGCUUCUACAAACCACUCAGUUGUUGGGAUAUGGAUGGGCUGGUAUGUUCAGGAAGUUCCUGGUGGACUCACCCUACAUGUGGUGGCCUUCAAAUCUUGUUCAAGUGUCUCUCUUUAGGUUUGUUUUUUCAACAUCCCAUAAUACAAUUUUUGUUUUAGUAAUCUAUAACCUUUGUUUUGUUUAUUUAUUUAGAGCAUUGCAUGAGAAGGAGGAGAAGUGUGAAGGCAAACAAACAAGGCUAAGAUUCUUCCUAAUAGUCUUCUUCGUGAGCUUCGCUUACUACAUAGUCCCUGGCUACAUGUUCCCUUCCAUAUCAUCCCUCUCCUUCGUCUGCUGGAUAUGGACACGCUCUGUCACAGCUCAACAGAUAGGUUCAGGGCUUCACGGUCUCGGCAUUGGCUCGUUUGGUCUCGACUGGUCCACGGUCGCAGGCUUCUUAGGUAGUCCUUUAGCAGUACCGUUCUUCGCUAUAGCAAAUUUCUUUGGAGGUUUCAUCGUCUACUUCUAUAUUAUCCUUCCUAUCUUCUAUUGGACCAACGCUUAUGAAGCAAAGAAGUUCCCUUUCUAUACCUCUCAGACAUUUGAUCAUACCGGUCAGCAAUUCAACACCACUCGGAUCCUUAACCAGAAAACGUUUGAUAUCAAUCUUCCCGCUUAUGAAAGCUAUAGCAAGCUUUAUCUUAGUGUUAUGUUUGCUCUCAUCUAUGGACUCAGCUUUGGUACUCUUACCGCUACCAUUUCUCACGUUGCUCUCUUUGAUGGAAAGUUUAUAUGGGGGAUGUGGAAGAAGGCGACAUUAACAACAAAGGACAAGUUUGGAGAUGUGCAUACAAGACUAAUGAAGAAGAACUAUAAAGAAGUACCACAAUGGUGGUUUGUUUCGGUUCUCAUUGUCUCCUUUGCGCUAGCUAUUUACGCGUGUGAAGGAUUCGGCAAACAGCUUCAGCUUCCAUGGUGGGGACUACUACUCGCUUGUGCCAUCGCCUUUACAUUCACUUUACCUAUCGGAGUUAUCUUAGCCACUACAAACCAGCAGAUGGGUCUUAACGUUAUCACAGAACUGAUCAUUGGGUACUUGUACCCAGGGAAGCCACUUGCUAACGUAGCUUUCAAGACUUACGGUUACAUGAGUAUGUCCCAAGCCUUGUACUUUGUAGGAGACUUCAAGCUUGGCCAUUACAUGAAGAUACCACCAAGAUCUAUGUUUCUUGUUCAGCUUGUUGCGACAUUGGUUUCUUCAACUGUCUGCUUUGGGACAACAUGGUGGCUGCUUUCUUCAAUAGAGAACAUUUGUAAUAAAGAUAAGCUCCCAAUAAGUAGCCCAUGGACUUGCCCUGGGGACGAAGUGUUCUACAACGCGUCGAUCAUAUGGGGAAUCAUUGGCCCUGGAAGGAUGUUCACUAGUAAAGGCGUUUACCCUGGGAUGAACUGGUUCUUCCUCAUAGGUUUGCUUGCUCCUGUCCCGGUCUGGUUCUUUGCUAGGAAGUUCCCGGAGAAGAAGUGGAUAAAGAAGAUUCAUAUUCCUUUGAUAUUUUCAGCGACUACAGCGAUGCCAGUGGCUAAGGCUGUGCAUUACUGGUCGUGGGGUUUUGUUGGGGUUGUGUUUAACUACUAUAUCUUUAGGAGGUACAAGGCGUGGUGGGCAAGGCAUAACUAUAUCCUCUCUGCAGCUCUUGAUGCAGGGACUGCGAUCAUGGGAGUGUUGAUCUAUUUUGCGUUACAGAACAACCACAUAAAUUUUCCUGAUUGGUGGGGGAGUGAGAACACAGAUCAUUGUCCUUUAGCGGCUUGUCCUACGGAGAAAGGGAUUGUCAUUAAAGGCUGCCCUGUGUUCUAA